AUGGCUGACUUGUCUGAUACUAUGGAGACUCAAAUCGGAGAUAUAGAUGACUUAGAAGACCGAUUAAUAGUUUUAGAAUCUAUUGUUGACCAACUCAAAGUCCCUAAUAUCAUCAGGGCCGAGUUAGAAGUUCUCUUAAACCAAUAUAUAGCUCUUGAAGAUUCGAUUAUCAAUGGUUUGCAUCAGCUUGCAAGGAAAGCCGAAGAUUUGACAUCACAAAACCUUAUUGGAGAAGCAACUUCAAAAUUUAACGAACUGGGCUCAGACUAUCAGGAUUCUUGGAAUGAAGAGUUUUGGGAAAUUUAUAAUAUGAUAAGGGAAGGCUAUCAAACAUCUGCUAACUCCCCCCCCCAUCCUUGAUCGAACGAUUUUCAUAUCAUGCAAAUUUUUAUAUUAUAAAAAAUAUUAAUUAUCAAACGCUUUGGAAGAUGUGCCUAAUGAAGUUGUUUUCAGAGCUUUGAGACGACAGAAAGCUGCGAAAUCAACCAUCCGAAGUGAUUUAGACAUCAACCUAGGCUUAAAAGCUCAAUAAUCUAAUAAAAUAGAGAUUCUUUAAAAUUUUAAAACAAUAUUUAAUUUAAAUUAAAAUUUAUACAGUUUAAAAGGGUAACUAAAUCAAAAUAUUAAAAAUUGGUAUUUUUAUGAAAUUAAUUCAAUUUUUUGCUGUAAAAAUAAUUAUUAAAUACUCUUAACCCUCUUAUUUAAAGUAAAUAAAAAAUAUCUAUAUAUAUCUUUUUCAUUUUAUAUAUACAAUUUUUUUCCCAAAAAAAUUUUUUUUAACCCCCAUCCUUGAUCGAACGAUGGCGAGUCGUUCGAUCAAGGAUGGGGGGGGGGGAGUAAGAAGAAAACUGGUCAAGAAAUAAAUAGUCAAAUAGAGUCUGUACAAGAAAUUGCACUUGCGCUAAAUAGAACUAAAAAUAAAUCGCAAAACGAUGAUCGAGGGAAAAAGGCAAUAGAAGAAGUUGAAGAACUCAGUAAAACAUAUCAAAUUAGUAUUUUAGGCCCUCAGAUUCAAGAUUUUCAUAAUAACAAGUGCAAAUGUGUUCUAAUUUAA